ACUGCGGGCACCGAGUCGUCUGGCAAGACUGCGGGCACCGAGUCGUCUGGCAAGACUGCGGGCACCGAGUCGACUGGCAAGACUGCGGGCACCGAGUCGACUGGCAAGACUGUGGGCACCGAGUCGACUGGCGGAACAGCGGGCACCGAGUCGACUGGCAAGACAGUGGGCUCCGAGUCAACAGGCACGACAGUGGGCACCGGGUCAUCAGGUAUCGGAUUGUCUGGCUCGACAGCGGGCAUCGGGUCACCAGGCAUCAGGUCAUUUGGCUUGCCAGCGGGCACCGCGUCAUCUGGCAAGGCAGUGGGCACCGGGUCACCAGGUAUGACAGCGGGCUCUGAGUCAAUUGGCACGACAGCGGGCACUGGAUCAGGUACCGGAUCAUCUGGAUCAACAGCGGGCAUCGAGUCAACUAAUAGGAUCGUCGGG